AUGAUGACUUAAUUUAUAAUUCUGCUCUCUCAUAUGCUUUUUAAAUUAGCAAUGCAAAUCUAUUAAUUCUUCUUACUGAUAAUAAAUAAGAUAUUGAUCCUAUCAAAGAUAGGAAUUAUAACUUCUAAAAUCAGAAUUAAAAACUCUAAUCUAAUAUAAUAUUAUGAUUUUCUUAAACCCAAAAUUAAAUUAUUUAAUUUAUAUGCAAUUUAAAACUGCAAUUGA